AUGUCCGCCGUUGAAAAAGCACCUCCCAAGGUCGGCUCGAAGGCCGGCACCCCUGCCAAGCUGCGCAAAGGCUCCGGCUCGAGCGCUGCCUCCAAGCCCAGCGUCCCGGACAGCCCAAGCUCAAAGUCCGCGAAGAAGACACCUCGCAAACUCACCCCGAAGGCGCCCGAACCAAUUCGAGAUGAAGCGGACGAUGUUUCGGUUCCCGAAACCCCCUCGCCGAAAUCCAAGAAGAAGAUUCCAUCCUCCGAACAGCGCCGCCCUGCCUCUCCGCCCGAUGAUGCUGUCUCCCAGGCUUCAGGGUCUGCUGCCCCUCUGGGAGGAGCCGGCUCUGGGUUGACCAAGAAGGCCGAGGGCCUGGCUGGAAAGGCCCAGGAUGCCGCUUCAAAGGGAGCUGAGACUGUCACCAAUAACAUUCCACUCGACCUCUCUGCGCUGAAGGGUCUCGCCGUUGGUGAUGGCGGCCAGGUUUUGGGACAGGACGGCAACCCACUGGGCCAGGUUGUGGAGGGAGAUCCCGAAGACCUGGUUGGCCAGACUAUUGGAGAUGACGGCGAGAUUCUCGACGAGGAUGGCGAUCUCAUCGGUCGCGUGGAUGUUCUUCACGAUGUGACUGACCAAGCUAAAAACAUCCCCAACGGUGCUCAGUCGAAGCUUGAUGAGACCAAGAAUGUGGUCACCGACCUGGCCCAGCUGGAGGGCCUGCCCGUUUCUGAUGGCGGCGUGAUUAAGAACUCUGCUGGCCAGGUUGUUGGCAAGAUCGUCGAGGGUGAACCUGAGGAUCUCAUUGGGUACACUCUCAACGAAGAUGGCGAGAUUGUUGAUGAUGAUGGCGAUGCCAUUGGUCGCGUGGAGCUGCUUCCCAUCGAGGAGCAGGAGAAAAACGUCCAAGAAGGUGUCGGAGACGUCACUGAGAAGGCCGAUGCUGCCAAGGACGAAGCUGACGAUCAGUUCGAGGAUGCCCAAGAUAACCAGCCUCUUAACGAAGCAAAGGGCGCCGUGGAUAAUGUCGCGGGCCAGGCCGACGAUGCUGUUCAUAAGGCUGAGGAUGCCGCGGACGAUGUGGCGGACGAGGCAGGUGAUGCGGCUCCCGAUGUCGACGAGACAAAGGACAUCGCCGGGGAUGCCGUUGACGACGCUGCCGAACAGGCCGGCGAUGCCGUGCCUGACCAGGACGAGGUCAAGGAUACCGCCGAAGACGCCGUCGAGGAUGCGCAAGGCGCUGUCGACGACGCCGCCGAGGAUGCCCAGCAGCGCAUUCCCGAACUUGACACCCUGGAAGGCCUCACCUGCAACAAGCGUGGCUAUGUGAUUGACCAGGAAACCGGAAAGCCCGUCGGUGAGCUCAUCGAAGGUGACCCCAAGAAGGUGGCCAGACUCGGGGCUACCCUUGACGAUAAGGGGCAAUUCUGGGACAACCGCGGUAAUGUCAUCGGUAAGGUUAAGGCCCUCCCAAUCGAGGACGACAAGGACGAGGAAGGACCCUUCACCGGUCUCGAGGGCCUCGUUGUUGGCCAGGACGGCUGGAUCGUAGACGAGAACCAGACCCGUGUCGGCAAGCUGAUCGACGGCGACGCCAAGAAGCUGCUUGGUCGCGGUGUCGACGAGGACGGUGAAAUCCUCGAUCGCCAUGGUAGCGUCAUUGGCCGCGCCGAGCGCUAUAACGAGCCCGAGCGCGAGGAGGAGCCGGCCCCUGACGUCUCUGUCAUGAACGGUCUGCGUUGCAACAAGGCCGGCUACGUGAUCGGCCCAGAGGGCUUCCCCAUCGGCCGCGUGGUCGAGGGCAACCCCAAGGAGCUCGCCGGGAAGAAAAUCGAGGACGGCGAGAUCUACGAUGGCAAGAAGGUUGUCGGUCGCGUUGAACUUAUCCCCGAGGACGAGCUUGAGAGUAAGCCUGAGGGUCCAUUCGCCGGCAUGGAAGGCCUUGUUGUGAACAAGGACGGCUUCGUCGAAGAUGAGGAAGGUGCGAUUGUCGGAAAGUUGAUUGAAGGUGAGGCGAAGAAACUUCGCGGUCGCUGUGUCGAUGAGGAUGGCGAGAUUACCGACAAGUACGGCAAUGUCAAGGGUCGUGCUGAGCCCUAUGAGCCCCCAGAGGAGGAAGCCCCCGAAGAAAUCGAUCUCUCUAUCCUCGAGGGCAAGGUCGUCAACAAGAGCGGCAACGUCGUUGAUCCAGCCACCGGUGCUGUCUUCGGUCGCAUCGUCGAGGGCGAUAAGCGUCUUGCUGGCCGCAAGGUUAACGGCAAGGGCCAGAUCUGGGGCGACAAUGGCCAAGUCAUCGGUCGUGCCGAGCUGAUCCCGGGCGCCGAGCAGCAGAAGGCCGAGGGCCCAUUCUACGGCUUUGACAAUGCCGAAGUUGCCAAGGACGGUGUCGUCGUUGCUGGCGGCCGCAUCAUCGGACGUCUCAUUGAAGGCGACGCCAAGCGCCUAAUUGGCCGCAAGGUCGAUGAGGAUGGCGACGUUGUCGACAAGAACGGCAACACCAUCGGCAAGGCCGAACGCUGGGAGCCCGAGGAGAAGAAGCGCGACGUUAACCCUAUGGCUGGCCGCAAGGUCAACAAGGAGGGUGAGGUGCGUGAUGCUGAUGGCAACCUCAUCGGCAAGCUUACCUCUGGUAAUUUGGCUACUCUGGUUGGCAAAACUAUCGACGACAAUGGCUUCGUGGUCGACAACGAUGGCAACAAGCUUGGUGAAUGCACUCUUUUGGAGAACAUUCCCCAGGAAGAGCCUGAGGAGGAGGGACCUACUGCCGAAGAGCAGGAGGCUCAGGCCAAGGCCGAAAGCGACCGCCAACUGGCCGAGAAGAUGUGCCACAUCUUGCGCCAGACUCUGGACCAGGUCAAGCCCGUGUGCAAGCAGAUCACCGAUCGCCUGGAGAAAGCCGACCGCACCCCCAAGGACGAGCUCGACGAGGAGAAGCUCGUGAAGGAUGUCAAGCCUCUGAUCGAAGAGGGCGGCCGCAUCCUGCAGGAGUGCAACGGCUCCAUUCGCGCCCUCGACCCGGAUGGCCGCAUCGCCGCGACCGCCAAGGCGCGUGCCUCAACUCGCGAUGCCACUCCCGAGGAGUACCAGCUGGCCGAUAUGCUGAAGGAGCUGACCGAGACUGUAGUCAAGUGCAUUGACAACGGCAAGAAGCGCAUUGCCGACAUGCCUCACGCCAAGAAGAAGCUGAAACCCCCUCUGGGCUCUUCUUUCCGAGCCAUCAUUGCUGCCGUUGGUCUCCUGCUAAAUGGUGUGCUCAGCUUGGUUGGCCGUCUGCUCGAUGGUCUCGGCUUGGGUGGUCUCUUGAACGGCAUCCUUGGGGGCCUGGGACUCGAUAAGUUGAUCAACGGCCUCGGCUUAGGCGGGUUGACUGAUGCUUUGGGUCUGGGCGGCAAGAAAUAA